AGUACAUAAAAUAUUUCCAGCUAUUCGUUCUCUGUCAAUGAGCGCACAGGAGGCGUUUUACCGUUUCUCGCGUUUCUAAUCUAUCACUUAACGCUCAAUACACGGUAUUUCAGCAAUCUUAUCUAAGACGUUCGUACGGCUACGGCAUACGCAUGACAUUUUGCCAGCCACUGACACCAUCGUCGCAUAAAAUGAUGUCAUUGGACCGUAUCCCUGAUCAAACCGGGUAUUUGGUAUUAACAGAGGAUGGUGCUGUUUUAACGUCUGGAGGAGAUCUAGAAAAUGAUGAAAGAAUGGCGAAUGUCAUUGUCGGCUUGGUUACCCUGACGAGUGGAAUUGAUCCUAAAGCAUUCCCUGCACACGAGGCUUUUGAGAAAAUAUCAAUCACAUAUAAGGAUCAUUGCUAUGUUAUAUGUCUCUCUAAUAAAAAGAUUCAUGUGAUAAAGAGGAAACUGCCACAGCCGAUUACAGCGAUCAUCGAGCAACAGCCAACCGUCGAUGUUUAGAUCAACGCAUACAGCACAUAAAAAAAAUGUUAUCCUUUGUAAACUUUGAUACCCUAAAUGAAUUCAACUUCUUCAAUCAUUCUGAGAGAUUUAUCCGCUGUUAAAUAUCUACAUAGAAAUAUAUGUCACUCUCUAAGCAUUAAGUUAGCACUAUGUACUCUCUCUCUCUCUCUCUAUAUAUAUAUAUAUAUAUAUAUAUGCAGAUGUAGGGGCAGUUAUAUGUACCUUUGAUGUGUAAUGUAACAGCUUUUUUCAAUGUCUAGAAGAAAGGAGAAAAAAAAACUUCCAAUGUGUAAUCUAAUGCAUGAGAAGUAUAUAACUACAAUCACACGUGAAAUAUAUUUUUCAUCAAAAUAUAUGUUUUGCAAAUC